GCCUAUCCUUCUGUGCACGUGGAGCCCCGAUCGCAUUCGUGAUGCGGCGGCACGACACUCCCCACGUUAAACGAGAAGCCGUCCGGAACCGAUUCCUUCGAGAAGGACUCGGCCAGCGCGCAUUCAAAUUCCUCGCACUCAUAGAACAAGACUCUUUCGCUUGUUUUUCAUACACCAACUUCGUCGGUUGCGCUGCACCACUAGACUCCGAACGCGUUACCGUGUCUGCGCUAUACAGGCCCCGUCAUCGACCCACCAACAUCCCGACCUCACCUCAUCGGCCGACACGCUCAAUCACGCGCGCAUCGCCCACGGCCAUCGAUUCCAUUUCGACCGAGUCAUAACACACUCGGGAACGCUUCAAUCAUCCAUGCGAACGUCCCAUACCUGGUAGCUUUGGCGACACUGGGGCGCUGAGAGCAAUCGCUGCUGCAUGGCGCAGUCAGCACAACGACCAUCAUCGCCUUGGCCAGCAUGGCGCCAAUUGCCAGCCAGCCAAAUGGCGCGAACAAGUUGAAGCGCGCGGCGCCUCCCACCAUACAGACCAACGGCUCGAUGGCAUCGACACCAGCAUCAUCGCCGUCCGCCGCCAAGAAGCCACCCCCGACCGUCAAGUCGCAACCCAGCUCGGCAACAGAGCGAACCAUCACAGCAUCAACAGUGCGACCGAAUCGGAUAAGAAGAGAUACGUCGAACCUGCAGCUGGGGAGAACACGCAACACCGCAAACCUCAGGCUCGGGUGGGAUAUGAUGCAAGGAGCCGGACAACCACGGCCUUAUAUUGUCACAAGCAAAUACAUCCUCCAGAAACACGCUGGCGCGAUACCUUCCCUCGUUGUUCACCUUCAUCCGUCCCAUUUCCGAUUCGAUGGCCAAGAUAGCGUUUUCACCUAUACUUCCCCGAUGGGUAUCUUCGUCAAGCAUUUGAAGACGAAGACGAUCCCACCCGAACUGCUGGAGCAAUUUAACGCCGCAGGUGUUCCUUUCUACGAUGGAUGUCUGAUUGUGCAGGUGUGCGAUCACAAAUCAGUGGCGCAAGUCAAAGACGCGGCCCGAUCUGCCUCCAAGAGCAAGGACACCAAGGAGACCUCGGUUCACAAAUACAAUCCCUAUAUCACGCCUUCUUCCUACGCCCCAUUUCCGAAAGACGAACCAAAUGACGCCGAUGGCAAUGGUCAGACGGGAGACGCUGAUGCGAAUGUGAAGCAUGAAGAGUCCGACAAAGACAAUGGCACGCGUUCGGUAGCCGGGUUGAAGCCUCGCACCUUCACGAUGGUGCUGCAUCCGACACCUGAAAGCCUGCAGCGAGACCUUGUUCUGAAAGCCUCCAUGCCACCUUUGGAUGCAGGCGUUGCCGAGACACCCGGCUUGAACCCUCCCGCUACUCCAUCGAAACUGGCCCUCCCGACACCGACAGCAAGCAAUAUGCCCCCGCCCGCAAAGAGGCUGAAGCAAAAGAAGCCGGAAUUGGAACCAGAAUACAUACAUGCGGCGGAGGGCGAGAUUCUUCUCGCGACAACGGCACCGCUGACGCUCGAACCCAAGGCCUCACUCGAGAGACAGAUUGCGCUGCUAGAGUUUAUGGCGCAUCCGCAACAUCUUGACCCGCCACCUGAGCCCAAGACCCGCAAGAGGACCGUCGCCGAGAUGGCAGCGGACGAGGCUGCCGCCGCUGAGAAAGAGAGAUACAUGCUGUUCCUCGACGAACGACCCGGCGUUAAUAGUGCACAGGGCGGCUCAACGACGGACAACGACGGACAGACUACAGCUGCAGGGUUUGAACCGACCUUUGAGCGGUUCAAGAUUAUCAAUCAGAUCAAGCAGGAGCUCGCCGAGAAGAAGGAACAGGAGAAGCUCAAACAGCAGGAGAAUGACCGCAAGCUGCAGUUGCAGAGACAGCAGCAGGCUGACAGCCAGGCGCAAAAGCAGCAGAACGAAGCAGAAAAGGCCCGGCGCGAGGCGGCAGCUCUUAGGGAAGCGCAGGCCAGGCAGCAGCAGCAGCAACAACAAGCGCAACAACAGGCACAGCAGCAGCAGCAUCAACAGCAGCAACAACAACAGGCACAGCAAGCUCAAGAAGCCCAACGACAAGCCAUGGCUGCACGUGCCAACCAGAACAAGAACCAAGUCAAUGGGGUUCAGCAGCAACAAGUUCCCAACGCCCAGAUGGCGAACGGCAUGCCCCAUCCUAACGCCGGUGGCAUGCCGAUGGGCGCCAACCCCAAUAUGGCUGCCGCUCAGCAGGCUCGAUUCCAGGCGCUCUCUCAACAGCAAGCCCAGGCUUCUGCUUCGCCUGUCAUUCGGCAAGGAACGCCACAAGCUCAAUCGUCACCCAUGGUGAACUCGAACAUGGCUAUUCCGCAAACGAGUGCGAGUCCGCCACGCCCAUCGUCGGUCGUGCAAAAUCCUCCUAUGGCGGUCCCCAUGGCUCAUAACAUGUCUGCUAGGGGAAGUCAGCAGAGUCACCCGUCCAACACACCUCGCAUACCCCACAGCACACCCAACAUGGCUCAUGGCACGCCUGUCAACAUGCAAGCCAUGGCUGCGACGCCGCGCAUGACGCAGGCUAGCCCCCCUCCUAAUAUGAUGCAGCAGAACUCGCAACACAUGCCGCAGGCCAUUAUGAUGAACAACCAAAACAUGUCCCAGAACCCGCAGUUCAUGGCACAGUUGGCACAUCAGCAGCGUCUGCAGCAGCAACAACAAAACAUGCAGCAGAUGAACAUGCAGCAAAUGUCGCCUCAGCAACAACAGCAGAUGUUGCACUACAUGCAGCAGAGGCAGGCCAUGGCCCAGCAGCAGCAACAGCAACAACAGCAGCACCAGCAGCAAAGUGGCAUGAUGUCACAACAACAACUUGCGCAGCAGUAUAGUCAGCAGUUGCAAAAUAUGGCUGGUGGACAGAUGCGGGCGCAGAUGACGCCGCAACAGCUGCAAAUGAUGCAGCAGCAGAUGCGGAUGCAACAGAUGGGUGGUAAUGGGAUGCAUCGACAGGUGAGCAAUCCGCAGAUGAUGAAUGGCAGUCAUCCGAACAUGCAAGCUAUGGCGAUGCAAAUGCAGCAGCAGCAACAGCAGCAGCAGUUGCAGCAGCAGCAGCAGCAUGCCGCGCAGCAACAACAACGCAUGGCUCAGCAGCAGCAGAACCCGGCGCAAAUUGCCAUCAACAACCUGGCGCAGCAGUUCUACCUGCGAUCCAUGACGGACGCCGCUAACAAAUAUGGGGGAAAGGACAAUAUUCCGCCUGACACGCAGGAGCAGUACAAGCAGCAGGCUUUGCAGAGGGCGCAGCAGGCCUACCAGAAGCAGCAGCAAAAUAUGGCUAUGCAACGACAGCAGAUGAUGAUGGCGCAGCAACAACAAAACCAGCAAAAUCAACAAAACCAGCAGCAACAGCAGGCUGCGAUGCAGAUGGGGAUGAUGGGACAGCAGCCCAUGUAGGGGUGCGGCUCGGAGCACGGUUAAGGAGUCAUUUUCUCGGCAUGGCCAGCAAACAGCCGUGUCUGCACUCCCUCGGAUGAUCAAAACGACACAGGACGGAACGACUAUGAGAUGGCGUUGGAUGCGUUAUACCCCGAGGGAGCAUUGCUUUUCCUGUAGCACCAAGGGUUCUUUCAUGGUAUUGGAGUUUGGGGCCAUGAGCGGGGGACGGCGCACUGGACGUCACGGACCGUAUAUUCACCUGCCUUGCUUAGUCUUAUGGCUUAUAUAUUGCAUUAUGACCGUGUAUGUGUGAC